AUGGCUUACACCACUGGACACGCAGGCGCAAAAAAGCACGCUGUUCUGGCGAACGCCCUUGCUGUGAUGCAUGCAGUCGUUUAUCGCAGAUCUGUCGCUACGAGGAAAAGUCACCUGUGCAGAGAUCGAAGGAGACGUCCCACCCUCGUCGAAUGCAUUCAUCUGGAGGAUUUGUUCGUAGCCCUCGAGUACGCUUUCCCUGAUCUCCCGCACCCUCACCAGAGUACCGCAAGGGUGCCAAUCUCGACCUCUUCGCCCUCCGUCAAUAACCAAACCCCGGACUUCGACAGAGAGCCGGUGCUGCACCAGGCCAGCCUAUUGCUACAAGAGCUGCCCGUGCAAGUCAGUACUUCUCUUGUUGACACCUACUUCCGCUUCUGUCACAACCAGCCAUAUUGUCUGUUUCAUGAGGCGACCUUCCGAGACAAAAUGCUGAAAGGCCUCGUACCGCCCCAUCUUGCCCUAGCAUUCCUGGCCACUGCGGUGCGCUUUUCCGACGAGCCGUUGUUUCGUCAGAAUAGAAGAGAAUCAAUGGACAGAUAUUCGGCGUCGGCAUGGAGGUAUAUGGUGUUCAAUUGGAUGUUGGUCGACGGAAAGCCCACCCUUGAUAUUGUCCAGGCACUGACCCUCCUGUCGAUCCUCGAUUUUACCGCUACUAAGUUACAUCCUGGGUGGAUGAAGAUCGGACUGGCCAUACGUCUCGCCCAAGACUUGCGGCUCAUGUUUGACCCAACCGCGCCAGAAUCGCAGGUAGUGCAAGAGGAACAUCGGCGCGUGUUCUGGUCGGUCUAUCUUCUUGACAAGAUUGUCGCGGUGGGCCGAGCGAGACCGCCAGCGAUCCUGGAGGACGACUGUUACGUCUAUCUGCCUUGUAAAGAAGCCGAUUUUCGGCGUGCAGCAUCUCAUUCCAAACUGACCAUCCAACAAAUACACUCCUCGACGUACCCUUAUCCCGAACGCCCCGGGGCAUUUGCGGUCGUUAUUGCCGCGGCGUCUGUCUUUUCAAGUUGCACUCGCUAUAUGCUGCGGAACCGUACCAAGUGGGAAGAGCCUCCUUGGAAGUUAGGAUCUCCCUUUGCCGCCAUCACCUCCAUGCUCCUGGACUUCGAGAGCCGUUUCGACUUGACCGGUUCCAUCAGCCACGUCUUCGAAAGGGAAUGUACCGUGGGUGGAGAGCUGGACCCGCAAUGCGCCAGCCAUUGCCUUCUCGCCCAUGUGCUCUUCCGACUGAGCUACUGUCUUCUGCACCAUCCACUGCUGCUUCACACACGCCUCCACUCGUGCGCGGCUAAAGCUCCUGCAACCUUCCUCCGGCCCAUAUUUCAGGGCGUGUUGCAAGAAGCUCUAGCGGUGACCGAUCUCCUCUUAGAGGCAGAAAUGGCGGGCUGUCACCCGACCGUCUCCUUUUUUGGGUGCUGCAUUACCAUUGCAGGGAGCGUCGAGGCUCUCUACACGGCGCACGAAGACCCUUCAAUACGUCAGCAGAGCGUAAGUGGCUUUGAAAAGACCAUGGCCUAUCUCGAAAAGUACUCGCGCUACUGGAGCAACUGGAGGAGUAUGAUCACCAACCUCCAAAACUUUGCCGCGGACGCCUCUUCGUACAGGGAUCUGUUGAACCCCCACGGUCGAGUGGAACUUGGUUCAUCUAAACUUGAGCGUCUCUGGCGUCUGGUCGACUACAGCGCCAUGUCGAUCGAAUACGCCGAGCCGGUGGACAUGACCAUGAUGCCAUCGUCGUUUGACUUCGACUUCAGCCCUUCCGACUUCUUGGGUGAAGAGUGCUUUCAAGAACAGCAGUGGGAUGCAUUCCACUUCAACGGUCAGGCUUCAUAG